CAUACACACAGGCCCGUCCUGUGAUCUUGAGAUGGGAUGUGUUCCCUUUGCAUCUACCGCCCUCCCGUUUGUUUUCCCCACCCCUUUCAGUUCCUCCUAUAAACUUUAUAGCUUGUCCAGGAGAGCCUGUGUGUCUACAUCCAACAUUUUCCUGCUGGUUCACUCUUUAACUUUAUUUGAAAGGACUUCCUUCCUUCUUCUGCUGCCAUUUUACGGGCACCACAAGGACGCAACAGCACCACCAUCUCCAUCCGUCCAUUCCUCUCACUGCCACUAGUCCGCAGUCUUCAUCAGGAUGGAGAGGGUGCAGCACAUGACGCGUUCAGCCAUGCGGAGGGCGUCCAACAUCGAAGUGAACCCGCAGACCAAACGCAACAUGCAAGAUCUCAUUAUCAACUUCUCCCUGAUCCUCAUCUGCCUGCUGCUCAUCUACAUCAUCGUCUUGCUCAUGUGACACCAAAAGACGACAACCGGCCAAUAGCAAGAUGCGCUAUACAAGAUCUCGGACAAUUUUUGGUAAUUAAAAAUGCCCUCCUGAUGAUGCAACACAUGUUAAUUUCCUGAAAUAAUACGAGGGCGGCAAUGAUUUUUCUCCAUUUAUGUUUGUUGCGUUCUUCUUAUAACAAUAAGCAUAUUUUUGAUGUUUUAAUCUCAUUUUGUUCAUACGUGUUUUGUAUUGGGCUAUGUAUAAAACAUACAAAAUUGUAUGUUAGGUAAAUUCAAAUAUGUUUUGUAUAUGAAGGCAGACCUCACAGGAGGAAAGCGUCGUCUGGUGUAACGUUACUUCCCAAAGAAUUAACAUCAAACUGUCUGUGAUAUCUGGCAGAAGUAGCUCCCAAUGGCAAAAUCAAAGCAAUUCCUUUAAGUGCUAAGUCAUUUAUGUAAAUAUCCCCCCUAAUUAUCACGCAACUGUUAUGUAGAAAUGCAAAAUUUCUAGGUCAGUCCCAGAAAUCAUAUAUUAUUCACAGAGGAACAGAACAUGUUGGCACUGAGGUAAAUUGCGCUUGUACGCUUAACAUAUUGUCUGUUUACACUUCCUGUGAACAUGAUCUGAGAGAGAGAGCGAGCUAAAAUGGGUAAUUUAAGGAUGUUUUUAAAUGUAGACGACCAAUAAAGAGAUCGUUUGUUUUAAAUGUU